GCGUUGCGGGCAGAGGCACACUGGCCUCGGCGGGCUCUGGGAUCCGAACCGUGAAUGGGUCGCAGGCGGGGCACCGAAGUGCAGGUGCGAGCCGCGGUAGGGCUCCCCGAGGCGACGCUCCCUUCUCUAUAGUGUGUUGAGCAGGAGAAUCUGAGCCAUACCAAUUCUCCAUGACUCCACUCCAUUCACCACCUUUCCUAGCUAUGCUUCCAGAGCCCUCUGUGCAUUUCCAAGAGCAAACAAAAAUGGAUACAUCUCUGGGCUUGGUGUCAUUUGAGGAUGUGGCUGUGAACUUCAGCUGGGAUGAGUGGCAGGACCUGGAUGAAGCUCAGAGGACCUUGUACAAGGAUGUGAUGCUGGAGACCUAUAGCAGCCUGGUGUCCUUGGGGCACUGCAUCCCCAAACCUGAUGCGAUCAUCAAGCUGGAACAAGGAGCAGAGCCGUGGGUGGCAGAAGAGCCCCCASACCAGAGCCAUCCAGGGCACUGCAUCCCCAAACCUGAGGUGAUCAUCAAGCUGGAGCAAGGAGCAGAGCCAUGGGUGGCAGAAGAGCCCCCAGACCAGAGCCACUCAGAUAUCCAGAAAGUGGAGGAUCUGAGUGAGACCAGCCAGGAGAGUCGAGAAAGACAUCUGUGGCAAGUUGUGAUCACCAGCCGCAGUGCAGCCGAAGAGAGAGUUGAAUUACAAAGAGCAUUUAAUUUAAGCUCAAGCCAGAUUUCAGAGCUGAUUGUAAGUAAUGGAAACUACUUAGGAAUGAGGAUGGAUGAGCUUGUUGUAUAUCAGAACAUGCUUCUUCCUGGCGAGCCUGAUGCCAUGCAUGUAGGAGAGGGGCCUGGUGCCUGUGACCUGACUGGAAAGCCCCUCUGGCACCCUGAGCAUCUUGGUCCACAACAUGAGAUUCAAGCAAUGCAGCAGGACCUUGAGCGGGGUGGAGAAGAUGGGGCCUGUGGCACAGGGACGAUAUUCUUCAUCCAGGAGAGGGUUCACCUGGGAGAACCCUCCUGCAAAUACAGUGCCUAUGCGGAGGGCUGUGGUCAGUUUGCUGUUGGUGUCCAGGGGAUAACCCAUGUGGGAAGGAGAGCUUAUGAGUGUGGGGUCUGCCGAAAGACCCUCUCCAUCAAGCCCACACUCACUCACCACCAGAGAACGAAACUUUGGGUGUGCAGUGAAUGUGAGAGGCCCUUCCUGACACAGCAAAGAACACAUACACAGGAGCCCUGUAAGUGUGACUUGGGUGCUCAGUCUCUCUGCCAGAAGCCAGACCUCACUUUACAGCCGAGAGCUCACGCAGGGGAGAAGCCUCAUGAGUGUCACGAGUGCGGGAAAUCUUUCUACCGCAGGUCAGACCUCACCGUGCACCAGAGGACCCACACAGGGGAGAAACCCUAUGAGUGUGAUGAGUGUAGGAAGUCUUUCAACCAGAAGUCGAAUCUGAGCAGGCACCAGAGGACCCACACGGGAGAGAAGCCUUAUGAAUGCAGCAAAUGCGGGAAGUCUUUCAACCAGAAGUCAGACCUUAUUCUACACCAGAGGACCCACACAGGAGAGAAGCCCUAUGAAUGCAAGGAAUGCGGGAAGUCUUUCUACAAGAAGUCAGACCUCACUGUGCACCAGAGGACGCACACAGGAGAGAAACCCUAUGAAUGUGAUGAGUGUGGGAAAACUUUCUAUCAGAAGUCAAAACUCACUGUUCAUCAGAGAACACACACAGGAGAGAAGCCCUAUGAAUGUAAGGAGUGUGGGAAGUCUUUCUACCAGAAGUCAGACCUCACUGUACAUCAGAGGACCCACACAGGAGAGAAGCCCUAUGGAUGUAGCAAAUGUGGGAAGUCUUUCUACCAGAAGUCUGUCCUCACUGUGCACCAGAGGACCCACACGGGAGAGAAGCCCUAUGGGUGUGAUGAGUGUAGGAAGACCUUUUGCCAGAAAUCACACCUCAGCAGGCACCAGAGAACUCAUACAAGGUAGAAACCUGUGCUUCAAGAAUGUGGGAAAUCUUUUGAUAGGAAGUCAGACCUCAGUAGGCACCUAAGCACUCACAGGAGAGAAAAGCCAGCCUUUGUCAGAGCAGUCAUCAAGCUUCAGAGAACUUCCACAAGGUGCGCUGCAUGGCAGAGGCAGGUGUGUGCUCCCCACUCUCCUUUCAGUGGACAUACACUGAGUCUGCACUUCUCAGCCUUACUGUUGUGUCCUGGACCUGAGUGCUGUCCAGAGGGAUGUGGAUGCAAGCUUGGAUGUCAUGCCCACAUCUAGCGACUGGUGACUGUGGUGCUUCCCAAUUUCCCAUACCCUGUGGGACUUAAGUCCAGAUGAUCCCAGGGUGAUACUGGGAGCUGUUGGUGGGAUAAGGCCACUGUGAUUUGAGAAGGAAUUGAUUGAGGAGAGCAGAGAUCUCCAAAACUCUACCCUGGAAUCUCCCUUGUUACUUUGUAUUAGAGAGAAAUAAAUACUCUUAAGUCAU